AUGUCGUCUCUCUGCAGUGGAUUCACCUGCAUCGUGGUGUACCUCCUUACGUACAUCAUGCGUCUGCAUGACUACAUCAACAUCCGGCUGACCAAGGCCAGCCGUCCCCUGGUGCCCGGCGUGCGUGUCGAGCGCAUCAAGAUCCGCUCGCGCGACGAGGGCCGCUACAUUGAUGCGAUCAAGUACUCGCCCGCAAACGCGAGUGCACCCCUCCCCGUUCAUUUGAGCUGGCACGCGUCCGGCUGGUUGCUCAAGCGCCUCGGUCUCGACAGCUUCAUGCACGCGACGUUUGCCAAGCGCCUGAACGCCAUCGUGCUCGACUGUGACUACCGCAAGGGCCCCGAGGAGAAGUACCCCACGGCACAGAAUGACUGUGAAGACGCCGUGGCACAUGUCCUGUCCUACCCCCAAAAGUACGACGUCAACCGCCUGACCCUGGGUGGCUCGAGCGCGGGCGGCUGCAUGGCGCUUGUCACCGCCGCCAAGUUCGGCCCCAAGAUCAAGGGUGUCUUUUCGCUGUACCCAGUGACCGAGAUUGUUCCGAUGGACCAGAUCGCCGCGAAGAAGGUGUCUCCGAACAAGAAGUACAACAGCGGUGUGUACCUAGUCCCCUGGAUGUUCAAGGUGUUUAUUCGUGCCUAUGCGAACAGCGAGGACGAGUUCAAGCAGCCGCGCUUCUCCCCGUACUACGGCGACGUGUCCAAGCUCCCGAACCACAUCCUGCUGGCCUGUGGCGACGCCGACACGCUGUAUCACGACAGCCGCAUGCUAUACGAAAAGAUCCAGCGCGAGGGUUCUGUCGCUCAGAAGCGCGGCACAGAGUUCCUGACCAUCCCCAACGAGUCGCACGAGUUCAACAACAUGCCCAAGACGCCCGAGACGAUCGCCUGGCGCGACAAGCUCUACGACGCGGCGAUCGCCAUGAUUCAGGCGGCGUGGAGUGACAACUCCCUGUAG